AUGUCGCUGGACAAAAACCGCCAGAUCACGACCUCUGAGUCGUCGUCUGGAAGCAGUGCCGAUGAAGGGACCCAUAUCAUGAGAGGCCUGACCAGUACUAGUACUCAGGACGAGACCACUGGUUCCAUUUCGGAAGGCAACCUAGAAGCCGAGAAAAUCUCGCCGUUUGUGUUUGUGCUGGUUGCCCUGGCCUCCAUUUCCGGAUUCCUGUUUGGAUACGACACGGGCUAUGUUUCUGGAGCUCUGGUGGUCAUCAAGGAGGAUCUUGGACGUGCCCUUUCCAACGGAGAUAAGGAGCUGAUUACUGCUUCCACGUCCCUGGGAGCUCUCCUUGGAGGAGUUAUUGCCGGAGCCAUGUGCGACUUCUUUGGCCGAAAGUGGGUUAUCACCUUUGCCAAUAUUCUGUUUCUGGUUGGAGCUGCCAUUCAGUGUGGAGCUCACGCCGUGUGGACCAUGAUCGGAGGCCGAUUCGUCAUGGGAUGGGGCGUGGGUAUUGCAUCUCUAUGUGCUCCUCUGUACAUUUCCGAGCUGGCCCCCACUCGAAUCCGAGGUCGUCUUGUCGUUCUCAACGUCCUGGCUAUCACCGGAGGACAGCUUGUGGCCUACGGAAUUGGUGCUGGCAUGGCCCACGUGCACCAAGGAUGGAGAAUUCUAGUUGGUCUGUCUAUGGUGCCUGCCUUUGUGCAAAUGGUCAUCUUUGUGUUCAUGCCCGAGACUCCUCGAUAUCUUGUUCGAAAGAAUAAGAUUGCUGAGGCCAAGAAGGUGCUGGCCAAGACAUAUGCCACCGAUGACGACAACCUUCUCGACCGAAAGCUCCACGAACUCAUGCUCCACAACGCAUACAAGGAGUCCGGCCUGUCCACUAUGGCGCGAGCUCGAAACACUAUGAAGGAACUUUAUUGCGUACCCAGCAACUUGCGAGCCCUCAUAAUUGCUUGUGGACUGCAGGGAAUCCAGCAGUUUUGUGGUUUCAACUCGCUCAUGUACUUUUCUGCUACCAUUUUUGAGGUGGUGGGCUUUGAUAACGCCACAGCCGUCUCCAUCAUCGUUGCUGGAACGAACUUUGUCUUCACCAUUGUCGCCUUUAUGGUCAUUGACCGUAUUGGACGACGCCGAAUUCUCCUGGGAACCAUCUGGGGCAUGUCUCUGGGACUCGUUGUCAACGCCAUUGCUUUCCACUUCCUUGACAAGCAGAAGGAAAAGAACCCCAACCAUGAGCUCGAUAAGGAACACAUUUCCGGAUGGGCAUACGUGGUCCUCGUUGCUCAGCUCGUCUACGUCGCCUUCUACGCCACUGGUAUCGGUAAUGUGCCAUGGCAGCAGUCGGAGCUGUUCCCCAUCUCCGUCCGAGGUGUUGGAACUGGCAUGGCCACUGCCACCAACUGGGCAGGAUCGCUCAUUGUGUCCUCCACUUUCCUGACCAUGUUGGAAAAUAUCACCCCCACUGGAACAUUUUCCUUCUACGCCGGUCUCUGUGCUCUCGGAGAAGUGUUUGUCUUCUUCCUGUAUCCCGAGACUUCCGGCAUGGAUCUGGAGCAGAUUCAACAGCUGCUGACGGGAGGUUUCAACAUCAAGGAGAGUAUGCGGCUGUCUGAUGAGGCCAAGAGAGGCUACAAGAAGUAG